GCUGGUUAUAGCAACCAGAGAACGCCAGUAAUAUUGAUGUAGAGAGAAAGGAUCGUGGUGGCACAGAGGAGUUCACACGGCAUCAGUGCGCAGUCGCUUCACCAGUCGGAGCUCCGGUCUCCAGCGCUGCCGUUACGCACAGGUUCAUCUCAUCACCAAGCACCUGAUUUACAGAGACAAAUACGCGGAUUUUCGCCCUCUUUAUGACACGAUGUAAGGCAGAUAUGUGGGCUUUCCGUUGAGGGAUAUGGUCACUGCUGAGCUGCCAAAGUGGAGCCGCGCGUAUCACGGAUCGGGGCGCUCCUGCAGGGUCUAGGAUGCGCGCCCGGAACAUCCCGAUUCUUACCUGGGUUCGGGUCUGACCAGGAGUCCACUGCCUCUGCUGGGCGCAGAGGCGGGAGGAGGACGCAGUCGACCCGCAACAGGAUGCCCGUGAUGAGAGGUCUGCUGGCCCCGCAGAACACCUUCCUCGACACCAUCGCCACCCGUUUCGAUGGCACCCACAGUAACUUUGUGCUGGGGAAUGCACAGGUCCAGUCUCUAUAUCCCAUCGUGUACUGUUCUGAUGGCUUCUGUGAACUCACUGGCUAUGCCCGGGCAGAACUGAUGCAGAAGAGCUGUGCGUGUCAUUUUCUGUAUGGGCCAGAGACCAGUGAUAAGCUGAUGGCACAGAUGCAGGGCGCACUGGACGAAAGGCAGGAGUUUAAGACCGAACUGGUCUUUUACAAGAAAGGAGGAACUCAGUUCUGGUGUCUUCUGGAUAUCGUGCCCAUUAAGAAUGAGAAGGGAGAGGUGGUGCUCUUUCUAGUAUCACACAAGGACAUAACAGACAACAAGAAAGUCCAAGAUGAAGAACAGAGCCCAGAAAGAGACGUGGAGACGGGGUUGGAGGUGCACAAGGUCACGCGGCCACCGGGCUUCAAUGCCAACCGGCGGCGCAGUAGAGCUGUGCUUUACCAGCUGUCUGGACACCUGCAGAAACAAGACAAGAGCAAACUCAAGAUCAACAAUAACAUGUUUGGCGAGAAGCCGCCCAUCCCAGAGUACAAAGUGGCAGCCAUUCAGAAGAGCCGUUUCAUUCUUCUCCAUUAUGGCACCUUCAAAGCUGGCUGGGAUUGGCUGAUCCUGUUAGCGACCUUUUAUGUAGCAGUUACUGUUCCCUACAAUGUUUGUUUCACUGUUGUUGGUGGACGGGAUGAGUCAUCGACCCCUAGAAGUCCACCGAGUGUGAGCGACAUCCUUGUGGAAAUCCUUUUCAUGUUAGAUAUUUUGCUAAACUUCCGCACCACAUUUGUGAGCACAUCAGGCCAGGUGGUGUAUGAUGGACGAUCUAUCUGUGUGCAUUAUGUCACAACCUGGCUCUUCGUGGACCUGAUUGCUGCGCUACCUUUUGACCUGUUGUAUGCCUUCAAUGUCAGCGUGUACUUUGGAGUUCAUCUGCUGAAGACUGUUCGAUUAUUACGGCUUCUACGCUUGCUGCAAAAGCUGGAGCGCUACUCCCAAUACAGUGCAGUUGUACUCACAUUACUUAUGUCGAUGUUUGCCUUGCUGGCACAUUGGAUGGCCUGUGUCUGGUACGUAAUCGGGCGCAGCGAGAUUGAGAAUAACAGCCCUGGUUCCUGGGACAUUGGCUGGUUGCAUGAGCUGGGUAAACGUCUGGGCACCCCCUACUUCCUGUCCCCUCUUGCAUCCCUCAUUCCUGAAUCACUGCGCCCCACCAUCUUGGAUGGAUUGGUGGUCAAUUCAAGCCAGGGAAGCGGCACUGAUUUAGUGGGACAUGAGUCUGUGUGGAACUUGAGCCAAUGGAACACAACAGGAGCAGGUCCGGUGGGCACUUCAAAUGCUGGACAGACUGCAGCCGUAUUGGGAGGCGGGCCCUCGAUUCGGAGUUCAUAUGUGACGUCCCUGUACUUCGCUUUAAGCAGUCUGACCAGCGUGGGUUUUGGCAAUGUCUCAGCCAAUACUGACUCAGAGAAGAUCUUCUCUAUCUGCACCAUGCUGAUUGGAGCACUCAUGCAUGCCGCGGUCUUCGGUAACGUGACGGCCAUUAUCCAGCGGAUGUACUCACGGCGCUCGCUCUAUCACACUCGAACCAAAGACCUCAAAGACUUCAUCCGCGUGCAUCGGCUGCCCAAGGCUCUCGCGCAGCGCAUGCUGGAGUGCUUUCAGACGACGUGGUCUGUCAACAACGGCAUCGAUGUCAGCGAGCUUCUGAAGGACUUCCCAGAUGAACUGCGGGCUGACAUUGCCAUGCACCUGAAUAAAGAGCUGCUGCAGCUGCCUCUGUUUGAAUCGGCCAGUCGAGGGUGUCUCCGCUCUCUGUCGCUCAUCAUCAAAACCUCUUUCUGUGCUCCUGGGGAGUUCCUUAUUCGCCAGGGUGACGCUCUGCAAGCCAUAUACUUUGUCUGCUCGGGCUCCAUGGAAGUGCUUAAGGACAACACUGUGCUGGCUAUACUGGGAAAAGGGGACCUGAUCGGCUCGGACUCGCUGACAAAAGAGAAGGUGAUCAAGACCAACGCAAACGUGAAAGCACUGACAUAUUGCGACCUGCAGUACAUCAGCCUGAAAGGACUGCGAGAGGUGCUGCGCCUCUAUCCUGAAUACGCCCAGAAAUUUGUCAGCGAAAUUCAGCACGAUCUCACCUAUAACCUGCGGGAGGGCAGUGGAGCUGACCUGGACUGGGAAAGCAACGGUGGUCUGGUGAAGAAACUUCCUGCUAUCCGUGAGGACGAGGAGAAUGAUGAAGAGCAGAACUCAGUGUCAAGAGCCCCACGGUCUCCUCUUCGCCUAACCCGGGGUCUCAACUCCCCACUGCGAUCGCCACUCCUCCCCCCUCGCCCCUUCCGCCCUCCAUCAGACCACACGCGACCCGCCACCCUCCAGAUACCUGUGGUCAGUUUCAGCAGCGCCGCUCCAGAACUCAGCCCCAGGUUUGUGGAUGGUAUAGAGACAGAAAGCAAUUCCAGCUCAACACAAAGGUUUGAGUUCGGUCCCAGCCUACCUCAGAGCGGCCCCCCGUCCCCAUCCCCUUCCCCAGUGAACCAGGAGCAGCUGGAGACCAAGCAGAGCAUCACCAAACUGAGCGAGGAGAUGACUAGUCUAUCCCAGCAAGUCUCUCAGCUGAGCAAAGAGCUACAGGAAAUGACACGUCUCCUCCGGCCCUGGCUUGUCAUUGGAUCUCAACCCCUCCUAACAGCCAUCAGUCCAACGAUACCUCCGUCUCCCAGCAGUAGCAGUGGUCCAACAAUAUCCACACCACCAUCUCCUUCGCCCACAGCCCCACUGUCUGCACAACUCAGGCCUACAUGCUUACUAUUGGACAGCGCAGAAACUGGAAGCAUUGGCUUGCCCAGCUGCCUCAUACCCACCAGCCCACCUCAGAGACACCAAGCACAUGCUCAGGUGUUUCCGGCAGGCUGUUUGAGGGGACCUUCCCUGCCAGUUCUCCUUUCUCCAGUGACAGCCCAAACGGAGGGGCCAGGCGGCCAGGUAGCUCCGACCCAGCCACCGCAGACCAGUCACCCCUCAAAUCCAUCUCUAAGCUUUUCUUCCUCGAUUCCUACUGUCCGCUCCCAGUCUACUUCCUGCUCUCCCUGCCAGGGGCCUCACCGACCUGCCAGUCACAGCAGAGGUUUCCUACCUAGACCCCCCUCACAGGACACCCCACCUCCACCACCCUCUCAUUGCUCAGCACCACCCUCGAUCAAUAACUCCCCUGGCGACCACAGGCUGGGGAUCAACCCAUUUCCCUCGUCGCCUUCCUCUGCUGACACCACUCCUCGGAUUCAGCCACGGUCAUGCACUCCUCCUUGUUCACACACCCCCCCACCCUUGCCCUGCUCCCUGCCAGAAACCCAGGCCUCUUUUGGGACUUCCUGGUCCCCGCAGAACCCCAGGUCGGGACCUCCUCAGUUAGAGUUUGAGAUGCAAGAGUGGGCAGCAGGAGGGAGGCCUACCACAGAGCAUAUCAGCUUCAUAGAUGAAGAGGGACCGCCACUGUGAGUGACUGAAAGAUGAAUACUACAACUAGUUGACUUAGCAAAUAAUGGAGUGAUGAACUGGGCCAACAGCAAUGACCCCAACACACCUACAUUCUGAAUAACAGACAACACUGAUUGCUGUUUCUACAGGAUGACACUCGUAAUUGGACAAAUUGUGGAUCUGUUCCAAACCCUCGUGAGCUGCCUAGCUAGACAGCAUUUUUAGCCAUCAUGUGCAUGACACUUACACCUUUUCCAAAUAGUAGACAGCUAAAAUGAUGUGGUUUUGUAAGGAUUUUGGCCAAAAUCUAAGUCACCAUUGCAUUUAUGCAUCAUGGAUAAGAUAUCUCAGAAUGUAUUGUGAAUCAGUAAAAAAAGUUUCAUCCGGGAUGGUCCCAAUUGUUACAUCAAACAAAACCACACAAGAGUUCAUGUCAUGGUGUAAAUGCCAUACUUGCGAGAUGACAACCCAGACGUUCUACUUGGAGCUAUUCAU